AUGGAUACUGCCCAGAAUGAACCGCUUUUAAAUAAAGAUAAAAAAGGCCACCAUACUGGUGGUCUCAGUGAAGAGGAAAUUUUGGAAUGUUCAGAAAAACUUUCCGGCCUGAAUCACGAGAGCAAAUCCAUGCUAUUUCUGCUGUGUUUGUCUACGUUCAAUGAUCUGCAAAACAGAUUCCUUGAAAAAUAUAAGGGGAUGUUAGAUUCCAAAAAGAUUAAAGGGACUGAACCUACACCUGAAGAGCUCAUGCUAUAUAAAAAAUUACUGAAAUCACAGGACACUUUUUUAAAUACACCUCUUGAGGAAGAUGCAGAACCAAGCCAAUCGUCCUCACAACCUCCAACAGAAUCAACAACUCAAGAAACUUCGCUGUUGAGGACCUUGUGGAGAAGAUAUCGCAUAGAAUUUUACAUCAAGGCAAUGCUCAUAAUAUUCCUGCUAAAACUGCCAUACUUCUGCUACAUAUUCACUACUGUGGUCUACAUCAUGUACUGUUUCGGGUUCUUCGAUUUGGUGGCACGACUGUCUCAGCACUUGAGGAACAACCAGAACGCCCAGACGGUUGUUCGAUACUUUUUGCGGUUUAUGGACAACAUUGAGCCUGUUCUCUUAAUUCAACUAAAUCAGGACAUGACACAACAACAACGAGUUCAACAGCAACAUCGCACUCAGCAACAAACUCAAACUCAAACUCAAACACAAACUUUAAGACAACAAACACAACAAGAAACACAGGAAAUACAACCAGAGACAGUUACGAAUAUUUCAACUCCUGAUACUUCUGAGCAAAGUCAAGUUGUUCCACCAAGAAGCAGCACCGCACCAAUCAUUUCAGAACAAGAGGUGAGCCCACCGACAGUUCGCCAGAGACCAGCAACCGCAAGAGUUGAAGGUACUAUCUCUCAAAAUGGGUUGUUACGAGUAACAUUUUCAAGCUCAAACUCUGAGCAGUCGUCAACAAGAAGUAGGAGCAGAUCUUUUAGGGAAAGGAUUGAGUUGCUCCGCCGUAGCCAUAGACCGUCGCAAAGAAAUGACUCAGUACCACAACCAGGCCAGUGCGAAAACGUUAGAGAGAAACCAACUUACUUUGAAAAGUUUGUGUACCAGGUCUUUUUCUCCUUCAUACUAAGCCUCCUGCCUUGGUGGGAACCAAACCCAAUAUACCUAGAGGAGUAA